AUGAACAAACUGAAGUUUGCCCUCCGGAUGUCCAAGGUGUACCUCCAGCCCCAAGACAUGUCCUGCUGCAACCCAUGCCAGCCCUGCGGCCCAACCCCGCUGGCCAACAGCUGCAAUGAGCCCUGUUGUGUGAGGUGCCAAGACUCCACCGUUGCCAUCCAACCAUCUGCUGUGGUGGUGACCCUGCCUGGACCCAUCCUCAGCUCCUUCCCACAGAACACCGUUGUGGGCUCCUCCACCUCUGCUGCUGUCGGCAGCAUCCUCAGCUGUGGUGGAGUGCCCAUCAGCUCCGGGGGCUUUGACCUCUCCUGCAUUACCAACCGCUACUGCUGCAGGCCCUGCUAG